AUGAGCGAGGGCGGGAUGAUGUCCGACGACGUCACCAUGGACACGAUGGACACGGGCGCGCCGUCGAAGGACGGGCGCGCGACGAAGGGCCGAGGGCACGCGGCGGCGAGCGAUCGCGAGCACGCCUCCGGGGCGUACGACUCCUUAGAGCCCGCGAGUUUGGGCCCGGGCCCCGCGAAGAGCAUCGAGGGGUGGAUCAUCCUCAUCACGAACGUGCACGAGGAGGCGCAGGAGGACGACAUCCACGAGCACUUCGCGGACUUCGGGGAGAUCAAGAAUCUGCACCUCAACCUCGACCGAAGGACGGGGUUCGUGAAGGGGUACGCGCUCGUGGAGUACGAGACGAAGAAGGAGGCGCAGGCUGCGAUCGACGCGAUGAACGGCGCGGAGAUGCUGGGUCAAAACCUCGGCGUCGCGUUCGCGUUCUCGAAAGGGCCGAUCAGGAAGAUGUGA